AUGACGUCUAUCAUCUCCAACACGGCCCUACUCGAACACUGCGUCAUAUGGCUGAUGGUGGGCAAGGGAGUGCUGCUACCGGUGCUCCUCCUGGUGGUGGAUGCGGAAUACAGGCGAUACGUGCUCGCUAAACUGUUCCCGUGCUGCUGCGAAGCGGAUAAGGUGCAGGAGAAAUCGCAGCUGUCAACACUGGGGGCGCAGAAAAUGCAGAAAGUCUUCUUCGGGAGCAAUGACGACCGUCAGCCCGAGUUGGAUACGAAGGAGAAGGUUGAGAGACAUCGCUCGAAGAGAAGCGCAUUCCCAGGUGUCGAUCCUAAAGUGCCAUCUAAACGCCGUCAGUGGAAGGAGUCGAUCAUCCGCCAGCAGAUGCCAGCACUGUACGACUACAUCAACGAGGCCUUCAAGGCGCUAGAGGACCAGCAGAAAUUGCUCGGUGGCGGAGGUGGCGGCGUCUCGCAGCAUCCGAAGAGUUCGGCGAUGAGAAGGUCAACGAGCCUCGACAACGUAGAGAGCCGGCAGACAGGGCAAGAUAGCGGUUACGAGGACCACAUGAAUGGCGGGUAUGAGACAGACCCUGGCGAAACAGGCAAGGCCGAGGUAGCGGCCAGCAACAUGUCUCUGUACAGGACAGCGGACAUAGCUGUCGUGCUGGACCGACCGGACAAGCAAGGUCACCGCCAGGUUCAACUCUACCAGAUGACGCCAGAUGGCGACAACGUCGUGCGACUAUUCCCGAAUCAGUCGGACAGCGACAGCGACAACGGCACGCCUCCCCCGCCGACGCCCAGCGGCGACGGCGACGCUGACGAGUCCGCCGAACAAGUGUACGUCAUUCCCGUGCAGAACUACGGCGCCAUGAACGUAUACAAGGUGAACAUCGCCGACGGCAAGAUGGCGGGUCUCACAGCAGACGCCUCUGCCGCCGCCGAGCCGGACUCGGACACGGACACGGAGAUAGUGACGCUGGCGCCGAUGAUGGACGUCAUCAAAGCUGCCGACAAAUCGCCCGUCGCUCAGAACGUCGAGUUCUACAGUAGGCUAGCGGGUGCUACGACCCCUGCCAGCUCUCCGGCGAAGACGAAGACUGCGGUGAAGAAGGUGAAGAACCCCGAGCGAUCGAACAGACGCGAGUCGAUUAAGCAGGCCGUCAAGAUGGCGCUCAUGACGGAGUAUUUCUCGGAAGAUGACCCGGACAGCGGACACGAGGCAACCGCUGAGCGAAAGCCGCGUGAGAUCCGCUCCCCGCCGCCAGCCCCUCCCGCCGCGGCACAGCAGCAGGAGGAGGAUAAACAGGAGAAGAAGGAGGCGGGGGAGUCCACUGGGUAUCGGCUGCGGGUGUACCCUCCCGCGCGCCCCCUACCGGUGGAGGAGGUGUUUGCUGCUCGCGCGAUCCAGGUGUCGCGUCCGGCCGACGCCCACCGGGAGGCGCUGGUGUUGCGUAACUCGCGCCGCGGUCGCCCGUACGACUUCUUCGCUCCACUGACGCCGCGCAACGCCCAGCGAACUUACCCGCCGCCGCCCUACGGCGCUCCGAAACACGCGAGACCGCCAGGGGGCGCUAAAGCCCCGCCGGCGUACCCGGGGCGGCGGGAGGCGCCGGCAGAUGGCGCUCUCGCGUCGUCGCGGCCAGUCAUGCGGCGGGAGUCGAUCAACCGCGCCCUGCACGUGGCGACGCUCUUCCGCCCGACGUACCACCACUCCGACACCGACCUCCGACCAAGAAACUCGCAGUUUGCCGACGUGCUACCCAGUGUCUACCUGGACCGCGGCGCCGCCAACCACCGCCAGGCGGCGCUGAGGCGAAUGACGAUACCGGAGGAUAUGUUUGAGGACGAUGCGUCGUCACCAGGGUCGUCCGAGACUGGCGCCUGUAGUGGCACGAGGGCCGCGCGUAACUCAUUGCGACGCGACCCGGGUCCUGACCUCUCACUCGUAGCCUACUUCUAACCGUAGCUGAUGAUGUCAGUAUGGCCCCAGUCAGAGCGACACCUCUCAGUGACAGCCCACUUCUAACAGGGCAACUCUGAACUGUGCAUGGGUUGCGACCUCAGCAUGCAAUAGACUGUAAAAUAAUACAAGUCCGCAAUAUACAUUGUAGGUUCAAUCAUUCUAGCCACGUCAUCAUCUCUGCAUAGUACAGGUCCGGUUCAUACCGCUCUCCUUCGGAACACAAUCUUACCUAGCUCAUAACCCCAGAAUAGUAUCAGCGGUCAAGAUCUGCCCACCAAUAACGGAGGUCAAGGUAUGACAAGUCCCCCACGACACAAUUCUAGCUAAUUCGAACCUCAGACUAGAAUAGAGUAAAAUCCUUACACAACUUGUCAUUUAGAUUCGCACCCCUUUCUCUCUCAGCUUCCGCUCAGAGUCAGUAGAGCUUCACACGACAGAAAGCCCUCCUUGUGCAGAUACAUUUAAACUACACGCUCAGAAUCACCGUAAAAAUCAUUCUAAAAGCAUCACUGACAUCAGCAAUCUGUCACUAGCAUUCAUAAAAAAAACAUGCAAUAUCGUGUAGCGCGGUGCAGGAUUGCGUAAUCGACAGUAGAGCAAUAGCGAUUAUAUUUCUGUCGACGCUAAACACAGGUUGUAGUUUUGCGAGGGCAAUAACUAUCUUCUCCAAGAAGUAGGUAAUUCGAACCUCAGACUAGAAUAGAGUAAAAUCUUUACACAACUUGUCAUUUAGAUUCGCACCCCUUUCUCUCUCAGCAUCCGCUCAGAGUCAGUAGAGCUUCACACGACAGAAAGCCCUCCUUGUGCAGAUACAUUUAAACUACACGCUCAGCAUCACCGUAAACAUCAUUCGAAAAGCAUCACUGACAUCAGAAAUCUGUCACUAGGCUGACUAGCAUUCAUAAAAAAACAGGCAAUAUCGUGUAGCGCGGUGCAGGAUUGCGUGAUGAACAGUAGAGCAAUAGCGAUUAUAUUUCUGUCGACGCUAAACACAGGUUGUAGUUUUGCGAGGGCAAUAUCUAUCUUCUCCAAGAAAUCGUUCGCCUUGUACAGUGAGUGUAGGUAUAGUUCAUGAGGAUAUUGUUACGAAAAAGUGUUACAUUACAGUGUGUUUGCGUGUGUGCAUGCGUGCCUGUGUGCAUGCGUGUGUGUGUGUGCGCAUGCAUGUGCAUGCGUGCGUGUGUGUGUGUACGUGCAUAUGUGUGUGUGUACGUGCGUGCGUGUGUGUGUGUACGUGGAUGCGUGUGUGUGUUGAAGAUAAGGGUCGGGGUCAGUAUGACAGCCAUAUUGUUAUAUUGCCGGUGUAAUGCUUAUAUUGUCCUGCGAUAUAUUGCGCCAGGAACGUGAUUCUCUUAGAAUGGGGGGGGGGAGGCUGAUAUUGUGAGAGAACCCAAUAACAGGAGUCUAUAUUUUUGUAGUCAUGCAUUUAACACACUGACACAGUGACUAUAAAUUUCGUAGAAGAUUUUACCCGUUUUAUGUGUAGUUUAAUACAGAUAUAAUAUGAUAGGAGAUUGGAAAAGAUGUCUGUUGUUAGCAUACUGUAGCCCUAGCACACGAUUGCCAUGUGCUUAAUACCAUCAUUUGUACUAUGUUGCUAUUUAUAUUGUACGUACCAUAUCAUACCCAAGUGAGUUUUCAAAACCCAUCAUCGGUUAUGUAAGAAACAUCGAUUUUUGAAAAUAUACUCUUAUGACAUAUUCAAUUA